GGCUUGCUAUGCCGCCCCUGAACAUCACCCCGGCGCAGUUCGCGCAGCUCCUGCGGGACAACAACGUGACCCGGGAGCAGUUCAUCGCCCUGUACGGGCUGCAGCCGCUGGUCUACAUCCCGGAGCUGCCCGGCCGCACCAAGCUGGCCUUCGUGCUCCUCUGCGCGCUCAUCUUCGCCCUGGCGCUCUUCGGCAACGGCCUGGUGCUCUACGUGGUGGCCCGCCGCAAAGCCAUGCGCACCGUCACCAACAUCUUCAUCUGCUCGCUGGCGCUCAGCGACCUGCUCAUCGCCUUCUUCUGCGUCCCCUUCACCCUUCUGCAGAACAUCUCCAGCAACUGGCUGGGGGGUGUCUUUGCCUGCAAGAUGGUGCCAUUUGUCCAAUCCACUGCAAUUGUUACUGAGAUUCUCACAAUGACUUGCAUUGCUGCAGAAAGACAUAACGGGAUUGUGCAUCCAUUAAAAAUGAAAUGGCAGUACACCAACAGAAGAGCAUACACAAUGCUUAGCAUAGUCUGGUUGGUGGCAGCUAUUGUUGGGUCUCCUAUGUGGCAUGUGCAGCGACUGGAGAAUAAAUAUGACUUCCUUUAUGAAAAGGAGUAUGUUUGCUGCUUGGAAGAAUGGGCCAGUCCUGUUCAUCAAAAGAUAUAUGCAACUUUCAUAUUGGUCAUCCUCUUUCUUCUCCCACUUAUGCUGAUGCUGUUGCUGUACAGUAAGAUUGGCUAUGAGCUCUGGAUUAAGAAAAGAAUUGGAGAUGCUUCUGUUCUGCAAACUAUGCAUGGGAACGAAAUGUCUAAAAUAUCACGGAAGAAGAAACGAGCAAUUAUUAUGAUGGUGACUGUCGUGGUUUUGUUUGCAGUCUGCUGGGCUCCUUUUCAUGUAAUUCACAUGAUGAUAGAAUACAGUAAUUUUGAAAGCGAGUAUGAUGAUGUCACCAUUAAGAUGGUAUUUGGUAUAGUUCAGAUAAUUGGAUUUUCCAAUUCCAUUUGCAACCCCAUUGUUUAUGCCUUUAUGAAUGAGAACUUCAAGAAAAACUUCGUCUCUGCAAUCUGCUUCUGCAUUAUGAAACAGAGCCUGUCUCCUUCCAGGCGACAUGGACAUUUGGGAAUUACAGCGCUGAAACGCAAGGAAGGUGUCUGUAAGAGAGAGCCCACCUACUCCGAUGAGAGCAGAAGGGAAGCAUUCAGUGAAGGGAACAUUGAAGUCAAAUUCUGUGAUCAGGCCUUUGCCAAAAAGAAUUCCAGUCGGCACCUUGCUUUAUUUACAUCUGAACUCACUGGGUCCUCUUAACUUGGACAUUAGUAUAA